CGGGAAGGGAACUGCCUGGCACACACAUUCUACACAACUCAGGAAUCCCACAGACCUGACGACGACGACGUUGUUUCUUAAUGGUCGCCACAUCACCAUAGUUCGAAUUCACCUCAACGAGCUAGCUGUUUUGCUAAUACCACAGAGAUGGCCAGUGAACAGCGCUUGCGAACGGCCAACAAGCAGCAGACACAGCUUCUACCAGGUGUUGUUGAAACCGAAGAGCAGUCCCUGCUUGUUGUGAAGAAACUGUUGGCCAUCGCAGUGUCAACCAUCACAUACCUGAGAGGCCUCUUUCCAGAAAAGGCUUAUGGUAGUAAAUUUGUGGAAGAGCAGAAGGUGUUGAUACUCAGGGACGAAAAGAGCUGUCCAGGUGCUAAACAGAUUGUUCAGUGGAUGCAUGGAUGCUUUGAUGCACUCCAGAAAAAAUAUCUGCGCGUCAUUUGUCUCUCUAUUUACACGGAUCCUGAGAAUCCACAGAAAGUCACUGAGUGCUACAUGUUCAAUGUCACUUAUACUGAAGAUGGUCCACAAAUGGAGUUUGAGAGCAAAAGUGGCAAGACGGUCUCCCAGAUGUCAUGCAGCAACAACAUCAAGAAGGCCAGCAUCCUCCUAGUGCGCAAGCUCUACACCCUGAUGCAGCAUCUGGGACCGCUGCCCGACAGCGUCUGCCUCAGCAUGUCACUCAAGUACUAUGAUGAUGUGACCCCACAGGAGUAUGAGCCCCCCGGUUUCAAAGAGGGCAGCAGUGAUGGCGUAACAUUUGAGAAGGAGUGCGUGAAACUGACCGUUGGUAAUGUGGUCACCCCGUUCCACACUCUCCUAUUGGACGUCACCACAGAGAGGGAUCGCUUGGAACAGAUCGAUGAUACCGAGCCAGUAACCUUCAGAGACCAACUGGAGGUGAGGAUGUCCAAGGAGGAGGAAGUGUCCAAGACGAGCACAACUCAACAGAGUAAUAUGCUGCAGGAUUCAGAUGGGCCUGAGAAUACAGUAAAAAUAGAGACGUCAGAAGAGGUAUCCUUCCAAAGAAAGAAGAGACAGUGUGGAAAGAAGCUUGACCUCUCCCCUGGGGCGGAGGCCAUGGAAACAGAAGUGGCGAUGGAGGAGGUGGUCACGAGGACGACCAGAAGUGGCCGCGUCACCAGAUCUCUGGAGAAAAAGCCAGUUGAGCCGCUGCCCGCACAACCCAAGGAAAAGAAAAAACCCAAACCAGUACAAAACCAAGAGAUGUCCCAGUUGGAGUUUCCUCUGAGUCAAGACCCACAACCGACCAAAAAACGCAAGUUUAGUCAGCCUAAACAAUGUUUUGAUGCCAAGCCAAGGGAAGGAUGAUAAUAUUGUUCAUUUCAUAGGCAUAAACACUAUAGGGUCAUAACCACGUGUGUUUGUAAAAACAUGUAAUUACUGGAAGUUUUUGAUGAAAAGAAACAUCUUACAAUUUUAUAGUUUAUAGUAUAGUUUUUUUUAAGUUUUAUAGUUCAUCUUACACUUUUAUUUGGAAUUUCAGCUCCAAAUCUUGAAUGUUACACGGGUUGCAUAUUUAUCUGCUUUAUUGUUAAUCAUAUCCUAUCAGACAAAGACUGUACUGAGUUACAGUGUUUUCUGUUACAUAUUAAUAUUUUAACUUAAAUGUAAUUUAAUUUAUGUAUUUAUUUUUGUGCUACUACAAGGUGUUUCUUAAUUAAGCUACCCAUUUGUAUGCCAUAGUUUUGAAGUGUGUAAUAAAUUGUCUUGUAAAUUGA